AUGCUGGAAUCAAGAAUAAUCAGCAAAGUUUCUGGAAUGGUGAAAGCUUCAGAGUCAGUCAUUUUGGAGAAGGUUGAUUACACGGAUCAGAAUAAUGAACUUCGUGUUAAAAAUCAACGAUCUGAUUUUAUGGGUGAAGUUAAGAAUCUAAAAAGCAUAACAAAAGAACGAAAUAUUCUUUUUGUUCAAGAAGUGAAGAAGGUAAGAGAAGAUGAAAUUGAAACGGGAAGUUUCUAUAGCUUUUUGCACAUAAUACAGAAAAGGUACCCUUGACAAAACGACUCAAAUAAUGUUUGAUCAUGUGUAAAUGAACAUCAACAGAAAGACUCUUUACUAAAGGUAAUUUGUUGAAUGCACCUUUGUUUAUUUUCAUUGAUCUGGUGUAAAUGUGAUAUGAAUAUUCAUGUUUGAUCGGUAGUUCAUGUAUGGAAGUUUAAUUUUGACUUUGUAAGGAUUUAAAAGUCCACUGUGAGUUCCAACUUCUCUUUCUUCUACUUAUCUUAUUUCCUCAUGUUUUCAUUAAUGAUGUUGUACCAUUAGUUUUGUAGUUUUGUGGUUUUGCCGACACAACGAUCCAUCGUUGCCACAGUCUUCCACUGAAUUAGUCAUCCUCUUCAAUUAUUGCAAAGUUCAAUUAAUUAGUUUUAUUUCUUCAUGAUUAGUUUCUUCUUAAAACCCCAUGAAAGAAUGCUUCUAGGGCCAUGGUGAGAUUAGAACCUCUCUUUUGACUACAUUUCUGUAUUAUAACUAUUUCAAUGACCACAU